AUGUGUUCAGCCGUGCCAGUACAAACCGUCACAAAACUCAGCGGGAAACUAAACACCACUUCACGUCUGACGGCGAGUGAAAUGGCAAAGGGUAAAGCAUGCCGUCUGUUCUUCAAGGAUAAAAAAACAGCUAUAAAUUAUCUAAUAGACACGGGCGCGGAAGUUUCAAUUUCGUCAAAGAGAAUGCAGCCUGAAAAUAAAGCCACGCAAUAUUAUUUAUACGCAGCAAACGGGGCGAAAAUUAGCACGUAUGGUACGAAAUUAAUGCAAGUCAAUUUGGGGUUGCGCAGACAGUUGCUGUGGGAGUUCCUAGCGGCGAAGGUAAAUCACCCAAUAAUAGGGGCAGAUUUUUUGAAUAAUUUUGGUUUGGUAGUUGACCUGAAGAACAGCAGAAUUUGUAAUGGCAUUACAGGCCUCCAGAUAAUGGGUUCGAAGAAGGUGAUGCACUGCGUGAAACUAAGCACUAUUGAUGUGACUAGCCCGGCACAUAACAUCCUGCGGGAUUAUAAAGAGAUAACGCAACCGGCUACUAGUAAUAAGGCGGCCGCGAGGGUUACGCUAGUAGAGCAUCAAAUUGUUACCAAGGGACAGCCAGUGUAUGCAAAACCUAGACGCUUAAACUCUGAAAAAUUUGAAAUUGCGAGAAAGGAAUUUGAAUUUAUGACGAAAUAA